AUGACCGUCACAAAAGCUGCCCAGACUGCCAACCAGGCAUUUGUGUUGCAUCCCGGAGGCACAUUUGCCUUCGAAGAACGCAGCAAACCCACGCUCCAGUCAGACCGAGAUGUCAUAGUCCGAGUCAUGGCAACAGGUCUCUGUGGUUCAGAUGUCCACUACUGGCAACACGGCCGAAUAGGGCCAUACGUCGUCGAAGACCCCAUAAUCCUAGGCCACGAGUCAACAGGAAUCGUGGUAGAGAGCGGAAGCGGUGCUGCAGGCCUCGCCGUCGGAGACCGAGUCGCUCUCGAGCCCGGCAUCGCCUGCAACACCUGCAAUCAUUGUCGCAACGGUCGCUACAACCUCUGUCGGGGAUGCGCUUCGCCGCGACACCACCUUACGACGGCACACUCGCUACCUACUACCGCGUACCCGCAGAAUGCUGUUUCAAGCUCCCAUCCCACAUAUCCCUGCGCGACGGACAAAUCAGUGGCUAUAUUUGGAGCAGGGCCUGUCGGGUUACUCUGCUGUGCCGUUGCGCGGGCCUUCGGUGCAUCAACGGUUAUCGCCGUGGACGUCGUUCCGGCUCGGCUUGCUUCCGCGGUGAAAUACGGUGCCACGCACACGUAUCAAAUGAGCACUGAGGCGGCAGACAAGAAUGCGGCGGAUUUGUUGGCGAUGGCUGGUUUGGAUGAUGGUGUUGAUAUUGCUCUUGACGCGACGGGCGCUGAGCCUUGUCUGAACUGUGGUAUCCUUGCCCUCACGCAGGGUGGGACGUUCGUUCAAGUCGGCUUGGGGAAACCGAAUCCAUCAGUUCCGGUUGGUCAGAUCUGCGACAAAGAGAUUGUUUUCAAAGGAAGUUUCCGGUACGGGCCCGGAGACUUUAAAUUGGCCAUUGGGUUGCUGGACUCGCGCCGAAUCAGGCUGGAUGGUCUUGUCACUCAUGAAUUUCCUUUCGGCCAGGCUGAGGACGCUUUCAAAAAUGUCGCUGGUCGAGGUGGAAUUAAGAGUGUAAUCUAUGGCCCGAAUGUCGACGAGGAAGAGGCAAAAGCAAGUUCAGUAUAG